GGCGGCGGCGCGGGGGGCGGCCGAGCGCAGGGAGCCGCGGCCGCGAUGGACGGCAGCGGGAAGGAGCGCGAGGCUGUGCAGCUCAUGGCCGAGGCCGAGAAGCGCGUCAAGUCCUCACACUCCUUCUUGCGGGGGCUCUUCGGGGGAAAUACAAGGGUUGAAGAAGCCUGUGAAAUGUAUACCAGGGCUGCAAACAUGUUCAAGAUAGCCAAAAACUGGAAUGCUGCAGGAAAUGCAUUCUGUCAGGCAGCCAAACUCCAUAUGCAACUACAGAGUAAACAUGACUCGGCCACCUGUUUUGUGGAUGCUGGGAAUGCUUACAAAAAAGCAGAUCCACAAGAGGCCAUCAACUGCUUAAAUGCAGCUAUUGAUAUUUACACAGACAUGGGUCGUUUUACUAUUGCUGCCAAGCAUCACAUCACCAUUGCAGAGAUAUAUGAGACUGAGCUGGUUGACAUUGAAAAGGCAAUUGCACAUUAUGAACAAGCUGCAGAUUAUUACAAAGGAGAAGAAUCCAACAGCUCAGCCAAUAAGUGUCUGCUCAAGGUGGCUACUUAUGCUGCGCAGUUGGAGCAGUACCAGAAGGCUGUUGAAAUCUAUGAGCAGGUUGCAACAAGCACCAUGGACAACCCUUUGCUCAAGUACAGUGCAAAAGAGUACUUCUUCAAGGCUGCUCUUUGCCACUUCAUUGUGGAUGAGUUGAACGCAAAGCUGGCCCUAGAGAAAUAUGAAGAAAUGUUUCCAGCAUUCACAGAUUCACGAGAGUGCAAGUUGUUAAAAAAGCUGCUGGAAGCAUAUGAGGAACAAAACUGCGAAGCAUACACAGAAGCAGUCAAGGAAUUUGACUCCAUUUCUCGCUUGGACCAGUGGCUAACCACCAUGUUGCUCCGCAUCAAAAAGUCCAUUCAAGGCGAAGGGGAAGGAGACUUGAAGUGACUUGUCUGUGAUAUUUUGUGGCAUGCAGCCUAACUCUUAAAUCUGUGUUUGUGUUACGGCCAGGGACCAUUAAGGGAUACUUGAUACUAUGUCUAGCUUAACUUUGUCACUUAUGAACCAAUGACUUGUGUGGUGUUAGUAUCCUGCUGUCUGUUUGGAUGACAUGACAUGGAUGGGGAAAGAAAUGAUACUUUAGGUGUUGCUGAUGGAUCCUUCCACUGUGAAAUCAAUAAAGGUUUGUGAAACUCUUAGAUGGAUGAAAGAAACACUUAUGGCAGAAAUCUUUAUUUUUGCUAGCUGAUGAGCCAAGUCUACAUUUUAAAUCCCUUCUGCCAUUACUCUACAAGUUUGUGAUCUCCAGGCCCUUUUGAUCCAGGUGUGUAAGUAUCUGUUCUUCUCAUGACAUGCAGUACACGCAAGUUUCUGAAUUAAUGCUGCUGUUAAUGUUUUAUGUUUUUAAUGGACUUCACUCAGAUAUGUUUAGAAUUUUGUUUUUAAAAUGGUAAAGCUAUUUUGAUGGUGAUAGUGAAAAGCUUGUGACCUUUUAUAUACAGUAUGCAUGUGUGUAUGUACUCUACAGAUACAUGUGCAUGUAUAAAUACAGAAUACAUAAUGACGUAGGUCUGAAACCCUGAUCAUUCUUCAGAGGGGAGGGAUGACCACUUCUAAUAGUUUAUUACCCCUCCACAAACUUAUUAAAUAGGACCUAGUCAAUCAUGUAUUUUAUAUUUAAGAACUAUAUAUAAAAUGUAAGUUUCUUCUAUUUUUUCUUGAAGAGAUUUUUCCACUUUUAUUUUGUGGUGCAUCCCAUCCCUCCUACCCUGAGAUGACUUUACCCAAGUAAUAAUAUAUUUUUCUAACUUUUCAUUUACAUGAGCUCUUGCUAUCAUCUUUACUGCAGGUGUUUUUCAUGUGUGUGCCAGGACACACGUUUCACUAUUGUGCUGUUGGCUGAGCUAUCUCAGUGUUGUGGUGUGUGAAAUCCACUGCAUUAGACACAAUACUAGAAGAGAGAACCCUCCUUAGCAUGGCUGGACCAUAGCUUGAUCAGGCUUUGCUUUCACAUUACGCUGAAAUGAAGAAAACACUAAAGUGAUUUUUUUUUUUUUUUUUUUUUUUUAAACGCGUGCACUCUGUUUUCCUUUGGGCAAGCCUUGGUUUCAGUGCAGCUAAUUAGACAAGCAACCUAUAUUUAAUAUAAAUGAAAGUGUGACCAUAUACAGUUUCUUAGUGUGAUGUGGCUUAUUUCUCUGCUGUAAGAGUAAGCUGUGGAAAUGAUUUUGUAUAUCAUCAAUGUUGCAUACACAAGCAAAGGCUACUACUAGCUGUACUUGUGUAAAUGCCACUUGAGUCACUUGACCUUUUAAACUGUCCAUUUUCAUAAAGUAGGAAAACACUAGUAUCCCACAGCUGACAGUUAUAUUGCUACCAGGAUUGGCCCAAGUUGGAUCUUGUGUUUGUGUAAGAAGGAAUGCUGCAGGUAUGCAUGGACCUAUCACAUUCCUAACAGGGGAGCUGCUGGCUUUCAUUUUUCUGUGUGUUGUCUGGGCUGCCAAUUUUCCAAGACAAAAUGGGUCUGAAUGACUGUGUUUCUUGGAGUAACUUAAACAGUGUGUUCUAAGAACCUGGAGACACUGCAGAACUAUCAUUUGUUUACAGAAAAAUUCCUUGAGACCAAAUGAAGAAUUCCAGGAAAGAAAAAACACAAGAAUGUUUUAAUAAUCCAUCUCCAGGGCUUUUAAUUUGCAUCCCCUUUUCACUUAAGUAUUUUUUACAUAUCUAACUCAACCCGGGAAGGGCUUCUGUUCUGCCCUUCUAGCUCUGUGUUGUGCAAAGUGCAGCUUACUCUGCACUUUGACUGAGAUGACACAAUUUACUCAGUUUGGACAAGAUCUCUUUCUGUUCCUAGUAGAAUUUACAACUUUUCCUACUUGCCAGCUGAACAGGAUGUAGUUACACAAUGAAGAAACAGGAGAAAGGAAGAAGCAACUUGGCUCAUGUCAGAGGUGUUGAAAAAGCUGUGUAACAUGCAAAACCAGCUUUUGUUUACAGUAGUUGGCCGCUGCAGGGAUGGCUUGAGACUUAUGCAGGGCAGCUGCUUGAGCCACUGUGUAUAUGGACAGCAGGAUAGGGGAAGCUGCUGUGGAACAAAUUAGGCUCUUCUUUAAACACAGACAUGUCAUUGAUUUAUUUAGGAGGAAGAUGGAUGAUUCUCCCAUCCCUCUUGCAAUAGAAAAUUUUCUUAAGCAAUGCUGGAGUCAGCCUGUACUCCUCCUCUGCUGUCUCAAGUUAGCCAGGGAGAACAGAUUCUUCCUUUUACCCCUGUAUCAGCACUUAGUCAGAACUGGACUUGGCUCUCUCAUUGGCAUUUGAAGCCCCUUCAGUUGCAUGCACGUUACUCAUCUUAUUUUGGUUCAGUUGGACUAGACCUAUUGCUUCCUACCAUCUGGAAUCAUUCUUGAACCUGUCACUUUCUGUUAAACUUGCUUGCUAAUGAAAGGUUGAUUUGUAGAUGUGCCAUAUGAUUGACCUGGAGGGGGAAGACAGCCACCCACACAAGCAUUUGUAUACUGAUUUUUUUUUUUUCCUUUCUCCUACUGUCCCCUUAGGAAAACCAUUUCUUUGGAGAGAAAAGUGCACUCCCAUGUUCCUUACACAAAGGCACAGAGAAGAACCUAGCUCAGGAUGUUCAUAGCACAAAGCAGUUCCUGGGAUUCUGCCGAAGCGUCUCAUUUUUUAGAAUGAGAUGGAGCUUCUCUGUCUGGUCAUGCUAGGAGCACAGGCUGCCAUUUGCAGUAACUGUCAGCCACAGAGUGUGCUAGGGACAAGGGAAGUGUAACAAAUCAGAUGUAGCGAUAAAAGUAGAUGUUAGCCCGUUGGCAUAUUUCCUUGUGCAGUUACUGCUCAUGUGCAAGCUCCUGAUAGCUGUUGUCUUCAUGUGAUGCUACUGUAAAAUGCAUGUUGCACAUCACUAUAUGGCUUUUCCAUAGUAAAUGGGCAAAACAGGAGGGUCUCUUGAAGGAACUCUAUUAUAUAGGUGGCAAAAAACCUUUUUUGUUUUGUUCUUGUCUUACUAAUUGAAACCUCCCCCUCUAGCACAGAUAAUCCAAGGAGGAUGCACGUAGCUCUUCUUUGCACAGAAACAUAGCCUUUGGUUAAAAAUCACUAGCCUAGAAUGAGAGCAAGCUGUUUUUGUAGAAAUUUAAUGCCUGUACUUGUUCUAAACUUGAGAAUUUAUAAGGAAAGAUAUUUUUGAUUAUGUGAAGUGAUGGCUCUUGUCAUGCCCACAAUUUUGUGAUUUAAAUGAAAUUUUGCAUGGAUAUUAGAUUCUGACUAGCUAGGGAAUGUAGAUGUUAUAUAGAGUUGCUGUUCUGGGGGUUUUUUAAACGUCAUUUUGUUUACUUUACCUUUUGUUGGUUUAGUGGGUUUUUUUCCCCUCCAGGACCUAAAACCAGUAUUUUUGCACAGUUGUGACAAGAUACAUCACUGAGUGUACUGAAACAGCAGAUGCACUAGGUUGUAUAAUCUUAUCAAUGUGCUCUCAAAUUGUACUGUCUGAAUGUGAACCUUGGUUUGUCUAAUGGACUCCAGCAUGUUACCCAAUGUAAUCCAUGUUGUAAAUUUGUGAUACAGCUGUUUUAAAACAACAAACUGGAGCCAAGCUGCCAGGCUGGUGUGUUCUUUUUCUGUUUUUCUUUUUUAGGUCAAGCAUCUGUAUUAAUCAAUAAUGAAACGGUCUUAGCAAGAACAGAACGUGUGUGUGAAUCUGUACAGUAAUAAAGUGAAACUAUGAAUAGUA